UUUCAAAGACUAGACAUUAAAUAAAUAAAGUAAUUAAAUUUUUUAAUAAUCAAUUUUUAAAUUAACAUCAACCAUCAUGCUGCCAGAUGAUACUUUGUUGGCCAAGUACAUAAAAAUUUUUACAGUCGUCAGCAUUUACUGGGUGGUAUCAAUCCUGACUGUGUUUGUUAAUAAAACAUUAUUAUCGAGCAAAGAUGUAAAUCUGGAUGCUCCUUUAUUCAUAACUUGGUUCCAGUGUCUUACUAGUUUUAUGAUUUGUUUUAUUCUUAGUAAAUUGGCUAAAGUAUUUCCUGCUGCGAUAUCGUUUCCAGAUGGCAAUCCAUAUACAAUUAAUAAUAUUAAAAAGAUUCUUCCACUGUCAAUUUUGUUUACUGCAAUGAUUGCUAGUAAUAAUUUGUGUUUAAAAUAUGUUGGAGUAGCAUUUUAUUACAUCGGACGAUCACUGACUACUGUUUUUAAUGUCGUAUUUACAUAUUUUAUUCUCGGUCAAAAAACUUCAUUCGGAUGCAUUGUCUGCUGUGGAGUGAUCGUCGGAGGCUUUUGGUUGGGAGUCGACCAAGAAAACCUCGCAGGAUCGCUCUCCAUAAUCGGGACAUUCUUUGGAGUUCUAGGAUCACUGAGUCUGUCGUUAUAUUCAAUUUACACAAAACGUGUUUUGCCACUCGUGAAUCAAGAAAUCUGGUUGCUCUCUUAUUACAACAACGCCUACAGUAUUUUUCUUUUCAUUCCUCUGAUGGUUUACAACGACGAGUUCACAACUCUGUUAAAUUUUGACAAGUUCGGAGAACUUAUAUUCUGGCUCGAGUUGUUGAUUGGUGGUGUCUGUGGAUUUGCUAUCGGCUAUGUAACAACUCUGCAAAUCCAAGUAACAUCUCCAUUGACGCACAACAUCAGUGGCACUGCAAAAGCUUGUGCUCAAACUGUAUUAGCAUCGUAUUGGUACAAUGAAUCCAGGCAGUGGCUCUGGUGGCUCAGUAAUUUAAUCGUCUUAGGUGCGUCUGCAAUGUACGCAAGAUUCAAACAAAUUGAUCUAGAUAAAGCUCAUAGAAAAGAGCAGCUCCUAUAAGAUUUAAAAACGUAGUUACGCAUUCAUUUUGUUAGUGAUUUUACUAUAGAUUUUUUAGUCAUUUAAAUAAAAUUAUUUUAUCACAGUGAAUUUUUUAAAUAAUAAAUAUUAAACGUAUCAA